AUGACACAACUUCCUGAAGCUGUGCAGGACGCACUUUGGACGUUGCAGGAAUCGACCUCCAUUGUCUAUGCGUCUUACCUGCGACUGCGAGAACUCGUGGACGAGCGUUUCGAUCGGCUGGUUCCUCUGCCAGCCCAGCCGGUGGCAGCCUCGACUCGCUAUUCCGAAGGCGCGUUUUUUAACUACGUCAACCAUGUAACAGCCGAGCGUCGGUAUCUGCUUGAAGACGCGCACCCGGACUGGAAGCACAAGGCUUCUCGCGCGGGGUUACACAGAUAUAGCGACCUAGCCAUCACUUUCCGGGGCAAAGAAAUGACAGUGGGCGAGUGGUUCUCCCAGCUGAAAGCAGCAGAGACCUUAUGGAUCCAAGAAGCGGCACAAACGGAGCUUCCGGAAUUUGAGUCUACUGUCUUGGAAUACCGGUCGCUGUCGUCAACCCCAACCAGCGAGACAUCAGAUGCAAGCGAAGACCUGAUUGGACUUCCGGUGCCCACCGGAAGAAGACCGGUCGAUCCAGAAGGGUUGGGCCUAGGAUUCCAGAUGGCGAAAGCACUGGAGGCUCUUUAG